AUGCCAGCCCGCACUCAGUGGGCCCCCAGCCGCUAUCCACCCACACGUCGCUCAGACCAUGUUGACGUGUACAAGAGCGCAUCUCAGGGCGAAGUCCGGGUCCACGAUCCCUAUCAAUGGCUCGAGCAGAACACAGAUGAGACAGACCAGUGGGUCACAGCCCAGGAGGCUUUCACGCGAGAAUAUAUCGACCAGAACCCAGAGCGAAAGAGUUUAGAAGAUGAGAUUAGAAACAACGAGAAGUAUGCCAAGUUUUCUGCCCCGAGUCUCAAACAUGACAAUCGAUGGUACUGGUCGUACAACACUGGAUUGCAGGGUCACGCAGUGAUCUAUCGCUCUAAGGACGAGAAACUCCCGGACUUCAGCAAAGAGGACGGUCCAGGUGGCGAAGUAUUCUUCGAUCCGAAUCUGUUAUCAUCAGAUGGAACCGCAGCAUUAUCAGCCACCGCUUUCUCUCGGUCCGGGGAUUUGUGGGCAUACGGCGUGUCGCGUUCGGGAAGUGACUUUUUUACUGUAUACAUCCGCCCUACCACGGCCCCCCUUGCAUCAGUCGACGGCUCUCGACCGUCCCACGAUGAAGGCCGACUUACGGAGGAGAUACGAUUUGUGAAGUUCUCCGGAGUCACGUGGACGCACGACUCGAAGGGAUUCUUCUAUCAGCGGUUCCCUUCUCGAGAGUCCCAUGGCUCAGCGAAUGACGACGUCGCCGGGACGGAAACAGAAAGCGAUACGAAUGCUAUGCUAUACUACCAUCGCGUUGGCACCAAUCAGGCCGAGGACGUUCUGGUCUACAAAGAUGAAUCGCACCCGGAAUGGAUGUGGAAUAUUGAGGUCACAGAAGAAGAUGGACGCUACGCUUUGAUGUCGGUCCGCCGUGACACCGCCAGGAAAAACCUUCUGUGGAUUGCAGACCUUGAGGCCGGUACUAUUGGUCAAAAUAUGCAAUGGGACAAAUUGAUCGACGAUUUCGAGGCAUCUUAUCAGUACAUUGCGAAUGACGGCACAAAGUUGUACCUACUCACCAACAAAGACGCUCCUCUAUACAAACUCGUCUCCGUUGACCUAGCUGACCCGCCGGAAAAGCGCGUAUUCCACGACGUAAUUCCGGAAGACAAGGAUGCGCAUCUAGAAGAUAUCCUUGCCGUAAACAAGGAGUAUCUUGUCGUGGUGCACAAGCGCAAUGUCAUCGAUGAAGUCUAUAUCCACGACAUGUCGGGGAAACGACUAACACGCGUAGCUUCCGAUUUUGUUGGCAGCAUCCAACUGUCUGGCCGUCGUCACCACCCCUCAUUCUUCGCUACUAUGGUCGGAUUCACUAACCCGGGGCUCGUAGGCAGAUAUGACUUCUCCGAGAAGGAGGGACAGCGGUGGAGUAUAUCUAGGAAGACUCUGGUGACGGGUCUGCAGACGGACGACUUCAAUGCGGAACAGGUCUGGUAUGAAAGCAAGGAUGGGACAAAGGUUCCGAUGUUCAUCGUCCGUCACAAAAGCACAAAGCUCGAUGGGAGCGCUUCCGUACUUCAAUAUGGCUACGGUGGAUUUUCCAUUGCUGUAGCCCCGUUCUGGAGCUCGGCUAUAUUAACUUAUCUGCAAAAAUACGGAGCCAUUCUGGCUGUACCUAACAUUAGGGGCGGGAGUGAAUUUGGAGAAGAGUGGCACUUGGCAGGAACAAGAGAGCGCAAGGCUAAUUGUUUCGAUGAUUACAUUGCUGCAUCGGAGUAUCUUGUCAAGAACAAAUACACCGCUCGCGGCAAAAUAGCGAUUACUGGGGCAUCGAACGGCGGUCUGCUCGUGGCAGCCUGUCUCAAUCGGGCGCCAGAGGGUCUACUGGGGGCCGGAGUCGCUUCAGUCGGUGUUCUCGAUUUGCUAAAGUUUGCUGACUUCACUAUUGGACGAGCGUGGACGUCUGAUUACGGUGAUCCGCAUGAUCCGAAGGACUUCGACUUCAUCUACCCUAUAUCUCCGCUGCAUACCGUUCCCUCAAACAAGGCUUUCCCUCCGACCCUCUUAAUGACUGCUGAUCACGAUGACAGGGUCGUACCUUUGCAUUCCUUCAAGUAUGCCGCGACCCUCCAACACCUCCUGCCCCACAACCCCGAUCCAUUACUUAUCUGGAUCGACAAGAAGGCAGGCCAUGGUGCAGGGAAGUCAACAGAGAAAAGGAUCGCGGAGGCUGCAGAUAAGCUCGGUUUUAUAGCACAGUCUUUAGGGCUUGUGGAAAGACCUUUGGGGUCCUCAUCAGGAGCCGUCUCUUUCCACAACACUGCCCUCGCGUAUGCGAAGGCGAGGGCAAAUUCAAAGCAGAAGGAGAAAGGUCACCCACGUAACAAUGACAUUCCCUUCCGUGUUGUCAGACUGGUCGAUCCGGAAACUGCCCGCCUUUCGGAACCACAACCACUGGCCAACAUCAUCGCCGGACUCGAACAGAAGCGAGAGUGGGUGGAGCUCGUCGCUACAGACCCAGAUCCCAUAGUGAAAAUCAUAAAGAGUAAUAUACUCUACAAUAGGCUCAAAGCAAUUCAGGACAAGAAGAGACAGAACAAGCCGCGGGAGGAGAAAGAAGUCCAAGUAACGUGGGGUGUCUCAGAGAAUGACCUCGAACACAAGUUGAAGAAGGCGCAAGAAGAGCUGGAGAGGGGAAAUAGAGUGAAUCUAGUAUUUGCGACGAGGAAAGACCAGCCCUCGCUUUCCCCGGAGGAGAUGGCGGCGCGUGUGCAGGAGAGCGCCCGAUUUUUGGCGGAGACGGGCGAGGAGUGGAAGGCACGAGAUGUGACUAAACACACCACCGUCGUGUACCUCCAAGGUCUUACCCGUCCUACAAGCGCGCCAUCAGCCACGUCUGCGGAACCGACGAAGAAAGAGAGGCAACGUUUGAAGGACAAAGCCCGCUUUGUAGCCCAGAAGGCCUCCGAAUGA